AUGGGGGAAUCAAGUAAAGUAAACAUAACUGUUAGAAAUAAACUUGAGAAAAGAAAUUCAUCUUUAAGGAAUAUAUUGCAUUCCGAUUCGGAUAGUAGUAAUAUAGAAUUAAUGCCGGAAACAUCUCCAAGAAGUUUACCUAAUACUACCCUACUAGAAAAUUCACAAAUUAUUGAUCUUAAAAAUGAAAUCGAUCAAUUAACUCUGCAACUGACCAGUGCACAUAAUGAAAUUAUGGAGUUAAACUUAGAAAAUACAAAUUUAAGAAAAACCCUAGAACAGUACCAGAAAAAAAGAAAGUGUUUACAAGAAACUACUCGACAGUCCACUCAAACACGGCGCUAUUUCCAAAUUCUGCAAAAAAGAGCCUAA